AUGACUGUCAAAGAACUUACUCAGCAUCUAGCUGAUACCAUAAGCACCUGGAAAAAACUUGACUUGCUGAGACAAGAUGACGAUCUGAAAUUGGACGGGAUGUCGCUUGACAUUGCUAGUGUCGUAGCAGUUGCUCGGGAAAACCAAGCUGCGCAGGUUUCCCCAGAUCCAAAGGUGUCUAAUCGCGUAAUUGCCGGUGUUAAAACACUCCAUGAGUACCUAGAAAAGGGUUACUUCAUCUAUGGUGUAAACACCGGAUUCGGAGGAAAUGCCGAUUCUCGAACUCCUGAGGUCGGCAAGCUCCAACAAGCACUUCUUCAGCUCACCCAAACAGGAAUCCUGGCGGGAGAUAGGAAUAUUCAUGGCAGUAUCGAUUCGUUACCUCUUAGUUGGGUGCGGGCCUCAAUCGUUGUGCGGUGCAACCACCUAUUGCGGGGACACUCUGGUGUCCGUUUGGACAUCAUUAAGGCUAUGUUGGAAUUGUUACGCAAUAAUAUGACACCCAUCAUCCCAUUGCGUGGUUCAAUCUCUGCAUCAGGUGACCUCAUGCCACUAUCCUAUAUCGUCGGGGUCUUGGAAGGCAACCCUGAUAUUAAAGUAUACUGGGACCGCCAACCGGAGCCUUGCGUUCUCUCGUCUCCGGCGGCCCUGGAGGCUAUAGGAAUAACACCUUUCGUUUUGGGGCCCAAAGAGGGGUUAGGACUUAUUAAUGGAGCUGCUCCCUCCGCCGCUGUUGGAAGCCUUGCGGUCUACGAUGCUAAUCAGCUUGCCGUCCUAUCUCAAGUUUUAACAGCAAUGACCUGUGAGGCUAUGGUUGGGAAUGCAGAAAAUUAUCAUGAAUUCCCCGCCUUAAUUCGGCCACACCCAGGACAAAUCGAAGUUGCUUCCAAUAUUCGAAAUGUCAUUGAGGGUUCAAAGCUUGUCGAGACAUCAGCAGCAAAAGACCAUUUCCGACAAGGGCUCUUCCAAGAUCGUUAUGCUCUCCGCGGUGCAUCUCAAUGGCUAGGACCGCAGCUCGAAGAUUUGGCACUGUCAAUGAAGCAAAUCACAACAGAGCUAAAUUCUACCCAAGAUAAUCCCGUUAUCGACUCCAAGUCCGGAGAAAUAUACUUUUGUUGCAAUUUCCAAGCGGCGUCGGUCACUUCAGCUAUGGAGAAGACUCGUGGAGCAUUACAAAUGAUGGGGAAGUUACUCUUCAGUUAUUCCUCGGAACUUAUCAACCCGGACCUUAGCAAGGGAUUGCCUCCAAACCUAGUGGCAGACGAACCUAGUUUGUCAUUCACUAUGAAGGGCGUAGACAUCAACAUGGCGGCGUAUUUAUCUGAGCUAGGAUGGUUUACGCAUUCCGUUACCCCGCAUGUGCAGUCCGCUGAGAUGCACAAUCAACCUAUUAACUCUCUGGCUUUGAUUUCAGCCAGGUACACGAUGCAAGCUGUCGAGAUAGUUUCAAUGAUGUCAGCUUGCCUUCUCUACGUGGCUUGCCAAGCGUUAGAUUUACGCGUUAGGGAUUUGAAGUUCAUGGAGGCCCUUGAAGACCAAGUGAGGAAAGCUGUAGAAGAGCAAUCGGGCCACUUGGGGGAGGAGAAAGAAACCCUUCAGAAGAGCCUCAAAGCAGCAGUUGUUCGUUCUUGGCGCGAGUCCUCUCGAGAAGACCUGCACGUCCGUAUCCGCCAUAUGUCGGAUGCUAUAGCUGCAACUUGGGUAGCGCUCAGUCAUAACAACAUCGCGGAAAACUCAAUCGACCAUCUCAAGUUGGUUCAGAAGUAUAUUUGCCAACAAGCAGAGGCUCUAUUCAAGAAGAUGCAGCAGAAAUCUUUCAACGGCGAGUUGGAUACCGAAUCAUACUUGGGAGUUUCUUCAAAGUUACUGUAUCUUUUCGUAAGAAAGGAAUUGAACGUACCUUUCCAUUGUGGGCUGGUGGAGCACCCGACGGUGAAGGGCAGUGAUGUUCCAACUCGAUCGAGGAAAACCAUUGGGUCCUGGAUCUCUAUCAUCUUUGAUGCAAUUGUCGAUGGCAGGAUCCAGACCCCCAUCUGUGAUUCUUACACCAAAACAGUGGGAAAAGGCGUUAAUGGAAAACUUCAGAACGGUGUUAAGAAAUUUAAAGGUGCAGCUGGAAAAAGACAAAUAAACGGGAAUGGAAAUCUGGCAGUAUGA